AUGGAAAAAAAUUCUGCGAAAAGCAAUAAAAAAGAGGACAAAAUGCUUGGUAUUGUUACAAUUAUCUUGCAAUUAAACAAAAACAUUUUAUUGGAAUCUCUACCAACCUAUGUAAGUGUUAAUUUUUCUAAAAUUCCCAGUAUGGAUAAUAUAUUAAAUAUAAAUUUCAAUAAAAUUAAAUUGGAAAUUAAAGAAAUAUUGUACAAGCAAGAGUUAUACAUAGCGAAACUAUUAGAAAAUAUGAAUAUAAACUAUGUAAACUAUCUUGCCAGCAAACCGACUUGCACAGCACCUGAAUAUCAUACGCUGGAAAUUGUCCUACCAAGCAAACUAAACAAAAGCAUUUUAUUGACAACAGACAACAGAGUUAACAACAACAACAAUUUCAGCAGCAACAACAGCGGCGACAACAACGGCAGCAACAACAGUACUCUAUGGGCAGAUGUGAGAACUCCAACUGAAAAUAUCGACCAACCAUUCACAGCUGUUCAGUCAAAAAAACGACCAAGAUUAAACAUCACUCCAGAGAUGGUUGAACGAAGUAACGUCAAUAAUGGAAGCAUCAUAAAAUCUGCUAUAGAGAAUAUGAUGGAAAAACCAGUUAGAAAAAUAAUUGGUAACAAGAAAAAUGACGAAUUAUGCAAAAUUAAAGCUAAUAAAAUGCUCAUAAAAAAAUCAUUUUUUUCAAUGAGCAAUGUUCAAAAGUGCCACAGAAACGAUGUUAUGGAAUAUUUAAAAUCCAUUGAUAUAAAUGUCAUUUCAUGUUUUCCAGUACAGAAACGCACAGAUUCUCCCGCCAAUGAAAGUCCAAACAACGACGAUUGCGAGUCUACGAUGUUCAGGGUAUGCGUUGAAAGUAGCGAUCCUGCUAAGAUGAAAAAUCCGGACGUUAUUUUGCAACAUAUCAUCGUCAAAGAAUGGAGGUUCAACCCUAAAAAAACCGAUGACAAAAACAACAACAAACAUGAAGAAUGA